AAUUGGAUAUAUGAUUUUUCCCGAAAAUAUUUCACAUGCGUUAAUUGCUGGUGCAACAUUUGGAUAUAUUUGUUAUGACUUGACACAUUAUCAUCUUCAUCAUGCUCGUCCUUUUAAUUCACAUUUGAGAGAGAUGAAGACAUAUCACAUGAAUCAUCAUUAUAAAAAUUAUGAUUUAGGUUUUGGCAUUACAAAUAAAUUCUGGGAUAAAAUGUUUA